AUGACCUUGAAAUUAUUAUCCUUUUACUUGGUUGAACCAGGUUUUUCAGUGAAACAAAUUACAGCUAACCGAGAAAGCAAGGUUGAAACACUAAACACAGUUCUCCAAAAGAAAAUGCGCUUCAUCUUGAAUGGAUGUGAGCUUCCUACAUCAUUUUCCUUUGAAAAAGUCGGUGUAACUGAUGGGAGCGUAAUACUAUGCAUAAGCAUUGAUUCUACACCCAAUCAAAAAGCUUUAAAGGCAUUCCCUUCAGAUUUAAGCAACAUGAUUCAAUGUUCAGUUGAUCCUUCCAUAUCAAGAGAAAAGGCCCGUCUCCUUGACUUAAGACAGGAUCAAAUUGAUAAUAAUCCAAAGAAAUUUAGGACUUUUUUGAAGUUACAGAACUUCCAAGAUAGAGAUUGGUAA